AUCUCGUCCGAGCCUUUCCAUCCAUCCUCGCCGACAGCACAACGCUGCGAGACCACUCGCCCAAUCUUCAGCACAAUGGCGACCCCGAGGAUAUUGCCGUUAGCGUCACACACAUCAACAUUAAGCCGGGUCCUAGUACGAAGGUCACCCUUACGACAACGAAUCGCCAGCCAAAGCCUCCGUUCCCUGUCAACCACGACCGCAACCCCAUCAUCUUCCUCCAAACCCUCCCAGCGACCACCCGCAUCCAAACCCGACCCCAAGCCCAAGCCCACGCCGCCACUCCGCCCCUCCUCCACCAAGCCAACACACCCCGAAGCGCUCCUCCCCGCGCAGUCCUACCUCCCGCCCCCGUCCAACGACCCGAACCAGCGCGCGCAGCCGGCGCCGCCGCUCCCGCCCGCGAGCCUCGCGCAAGCAACGGCGCUCUUCACCAGCGCGGGGCCGCGCUUCCUCUACUCGGCCUCGCGCUUCCUGCACGUGCCGCCCAACAGCCACACGCCCGAGGUGUGCCUGCUGGGGCGGUCCAACGUGGGCAAGUCGACGCUGAUCAACGCGCUGGCGGGCAGGGGGGCGGCGUCCGCGGGCCGCGCCCACGGCCUGCGCGCGCGCGGCCAGGGCCUGGCCAUCACCAGCCGCACGGCGGGCAGCACGCGCAGCAUCAACGCGUACGGGUUCGGCGAGCCCAGCAAGGAGCAGCGCGUGGCGGCGCUCGCGCGCGCGAAGGAGGUUGCGCGCGCGCUCAGUCGCGGCGGGAUGACUCGUGCUCAGCGGCGCGCGCUGAGCGCCAAGAAGGAGCCGCCGCCGGCGCAUCGGCUUGUCAUGGUCGAUAUGCCGGGUUACGGGCUGGGGUCGGAGGCAGAGUGGGGGGUCGAGAUCGCCAAGUACCUGGGCAGGCGGCAGAUGCUGAAGGGCGCGGUGCUGCUGAUUGAUGCGGUGUCCGGGGUGAAGCAGUCGGAUCGGAUGGUGCUGGAGAUGUUGCGGGACGCCGGGGUCAAGACGGCCGUCGUGCUGACCAAGGCGGAUAAGUUGCUGCGCAGCGAGCCGCCGUCUGCUGGGCCGGGGGCGAGGAGCAGGGUGGAGGAGGUGUGCAUGGACGUGUGGGAGGAGCUGAGGAAGGUGGAGAAGGGAAGCUCGACCUGGCUGGAGGGGCGGGAGAAGGGGUGGCAGACGGAGAUAUGGGUUACCGCGGCGGGCGACCCGGACAGCGACAGCCAGGGCCUCGGCGUCGUCGGGGCGCGGUGGGCGAUCGGCCGCAUGGCUGGGAUAUUUGAGGACACGAGGCCGGCGAACGGCUUGCAGGCGCCGACUGCUGCACCGAAGAUCGUGCCGUUCGACCAGAUCCAGUGGGCGUCUCCCUCGGCGGCGGCGAAGGCGGGCGGUCAAUAGGCGGAGCACGUCUGAGCAGUGUGGAUUAUGUAUUCGUAGUGUACGAUGGUCGUGACCUGGGCGGACGAUAGACUGAUUGAUACCCCUGGAACAAUGGCUUGAUGCAU